GAGAGUCUCGCGUGAGAUUUGGCGAGAGUGACGUUGUUUUUCUGUACAUCAGGUAGAAUGGUGGUGGUUGUGAUGCUGGAAUGUGUUGAUUUGUCACGGUUUAUUCACUAAAUUUGCUGGUCAUAUUUACUACAUGAAUGUUUAAAAUGUCAUCUGGAAUUGCCAGUGAGGUGUCGGAGGAUUCGAACAGCAGUUCUACAGAAUUGGCUUCCUGGGGUGGCAUCGAAGCUAAAGACCUGGGAAGCUUAUUGGUUCAGUUUGAGGAUGCUUCACAAAGUUUUGAUGGAUUUGACAGUUGCUCUUCAAAAGGUCGGCCAAAUUCACUUAACUUCAUCAAAACCCCUAAAGUUGGUAGCUGUACUGAGCAGCCACUGCAAAAAAGUAACUCAAAGAAGUGUGGAAAAGAAAUUAUGUCAUCAAAGGCUGAAUCUACCCAGCCAUUAGGUCUACUACCAGAAGUUUUGGAGAAAAUCCGAGCGAGGCGGAAGAGAAAACUGGCCAUCAUGUUGCCCGUAAUGAUGGCCAGCAUACCAAAGAAAGAUCAAGGUCGCCAGCCACUGUCUACAGCCUCCCCAUCAAAAGUACAGAAAACAUCUGCCAAGUCUUGUACUGCACAACCAAAGACCUCGGUCACAGAAAAAUCUUGCACUUCUACUUCAAAUCCAUGCAGUAGACUUUCUGCAAGCACUGUUAACAUGGAUGACAUCAAAACUGGUACAGGGGUUAACGUGGACAGUUCGGUUGUGGAUCACGAUUACUGCUCCACUGGUUCUUCAUUAACAGCCGACAACGAAGUGGAAAUUAUGCUCGAUGCCAAUACGGACAUUGAUGCAGGUUGUGUCGGCAGCGAGAUUGAGAUAUCCGAACAGCUUUCUUGUGAUAGUGGCAUCAAUGGUAGCUUCGAUUCCUCAGGACUUGGUUCAGUGGGCCCGAUGCGAAAUUUGACUUGUGAUGGUUUGGAGGAAGGUGAAGUGGUCGAUGAUAAUGGUAAUAUUAAUGAUGUGGGUGAUAACGUACUUGGUGACAAGGAGAACGAGAGAAGCCGAUCACAGAAAUACACAUUGUUGAAAAAAACUAGUGGUGGGAAGAGGCACUAUAGAGAAAGGCACGAAGAAAGCCCUAUGAUCAUGUCCGAUGAAUACUUUGACAAGUUGCCUUCAUAUUGCACCGAUCUUUCUAUGCCCGCAAAACCUCCAAAGAAGAAACCCGACAGUAAUAAGGAAAUAACGCUGCUGGACUACAUAUCACGCGACCCUUCCCCGACCAGGGAUUCUGCUGCGACAUACAGCAAACUGCCUGCUUACCACAAUUGUUUCACAAACAGCACACGUUACGAUGGGUGCAUGUCGAAAGAACCCGUAACGAAAAAGAACAAGAAAUACCUGAGAACUUACAGGACAAGAGAGAGUAGGUCACGGUCUCGUUCGUUUUCACGGUCGCGGUCACGAUCAAGAUCUAGUGAUAGAGGUAGAAGCAGGCGGAGGCGAUCGUAUUCGUCAGAUUCGGGCUCGUCGUCAGACUCUCGGUCAUGGUCAUAUUCCAGCACAGACAGCUCAAGGUCACGCUCCUCAUCACGAGACAGCAGAUACUCUUGUGCCUCUCAAUCACGUUCUAGCGAUCGCUACAAGGCAAAAAGACGGCAAAAAAGGGCAGAACAGAAAAAGCAAAUUGAGGAGAGACGCAUUGUUUAUGUUGGAAAAAUACCCGAUGGACAUACAAGAAAACAAUUGAGGAACAGAUUUGCGAGAUUUGGAGAAAUUGAAAGUGUGAGCACGCACUUCAGAGAAAAUAGAGACAACUAUGGUUUUGUGACAUUUGCAUAUACUUGUGAUGCGUAUGCUGCUAUUGAAAAGGGGAAUGAUAUUCCUGGAGAGCAGAAGUUUGAUCUUUGUUUUGGUGGUCGUCGGGAGUUCUGUGAUGUGGACUAUAUGGAUUUGGACGGAAACACAGAGUAUGUAGAAGAGUACGCCCCUCAGCCACAGCCCCGCUCAGUAUUAGACUUUGACCAUCUCCUGAAACGGGCACAGCAGAAACUCAAGAGAAAAUAAUUCUGCAACUGUCCUGGUUUAACGCGCACACUUGAGGAGAUGGUCAUCAUAAUGACUCCGGAGGUCGGACAAUUUGGCAAACAGUUGUGAUAACUGUCGGUUGCUUCUAAUAGUACUGGACUUGUAAGAUGAAAUAAAAUGUCUCAGAUGUCUUGAUGUAUAUAUAAUUGUUGAUAGAACGAAUAUCAAGAGAUUUAAUAUGCAAAGUGUAUCAUAUUUUGACUUCUUCUUCUUUUUUUUGAUUUUCAAUUUGAUCUUUUUUUAUUUAUUACUUUUUGUUAGAUUUAAGAUAGUUCUAUCUAUGUUGAUUGCUGUUACGUUUAUGCUUUUUGGCCUUAAUAUUCAAAUAGUUUGUUUUGACUGGCUGACUGCCUGCUUCAGGCAUCUGAACGUGGAAAUGGUGAAUAUAGUGCUUUAGUACAAUUCCACAAAUCGAAAAAUUAAUGCAUUAUAGGACUUGUUGCUAAAUAGAAACUUAUAUAACGGUCAUAUAGUUAUAAUAAACAAAGGGUUUACAGUGGCGGAUCCAGAAAAUCCAUAUGGUGGGCCCCAAUGACUUGAGGCAGAAUACCAAUGGAACUCUCAGGAAGGUUUGGAGGGGAUUGUAAAAAAAAUUAAAAGUAAUAUAUAAUAAAAUUAUAACUGUCCCAAAAUAUAGGGGUGGCGUGGUCCCAUGACGCGCGCGCCCCAAUUCGUCUCUGGUUUAGGCUGGACGCCAAAAAUUAAGUAGCAGUUUGACAAAUGUGAUGGGAAAUAUGUAGUCAAAUUUAACAUUUACUGAACUUUUUUUUUUUUUUAAAUGGCUAUGCACCUAUAAACGAUUUAUUUUUCGAAUUAGCUUUCUGCCGAAUUGGUUUUAUCAUGUUUGCUAAAUUCCACUUUUAAAUGAUUUUGGUGUUUUGUCGAAUGGCGGAUUAAACCCUGUAAAUAACCCCCAAUGUCGAAAGUAAACACGUGCCUUUAAUUUGGGUGAUGUAAACAUACAUUGCUAUGUGUCGUCACGUUAAAAAUAAUGACAGUAUAAAUCGGGCCUCUGAACGUGAUUGGACGAUUGUUAAUUUCUACAUGUAAGUUUAGUUUAGUUUUGCAUAACCCAUCUGCGUGCAUUAAAUUUGACAUUUAUAUUAUUAUGGUGGGUUAUGCAAAAAUUAAAUGGGGUUACGUCAAUUUAUUUUGGGGUAACCAAUAAAUGGUUUCGUCAAUUUUCAGUUCUCAAAGGUCUGGUCUGCCAAAUAUUAAUUUGGGAUUUAAAAAAUCGUGGUUUAGCUUUAACAUAAUUUAUGUAAAGGUGUCUCAUCAUGGUUGCAAUUGUUGUUAUUUUGCUCUUUUUAUGAUUUUUAAUAAAUAACUACCGGGUACAAAUUAACUGAGCUCGUACAUAAUGUUUGUAUAAUCAAUUUAAGCAUAUCAAAAUUAAAAUGUGCAGCCAUUGGACAUAAACAGGGGUUUCCCCAAGUCUUUGGUUAGAAACAAAAAGGACACGUAAACUCUGUAUCAUGUUUCUUAUCUGAAUUUAUGGUGUGAUUUUGUUUUUUUUAUCAGUUCUUUUGUUGUGUAUUUCGACCUAGAUUUUGUUUUUGAAUUGAUUGCAAAGAAUGGUGAUUAGACCAUUUCUACAAAAUAUGUAUGCAUAAAUUAAUUUUUAUAGACAUGUAGUUGGGUAUACUCCUUACAUUUUAAAGCAAACAGGUGAUGUUUCAGCCAGGAUGGCACUAUUAGGCAACUUUGAUGGUUUCUUUAAAGAAAUGGGUUGUUUUUUUACUAUUGCUUUUGAAUAUUUCCAAGCAAUCAAUGAUUGGUUUUUUUAUUUUCUUAAAAAAAAUAACUUAAGACAUCGAAUGCAAGUAUAAUCAAUAUUUUCAUAAUAUAACUAUGUGCAAUAUCUGCAUACAUAGUAUGUACAUGAUUAGUAAAGUUGCAGGUUAAUGUAUGUGGUUGUAAAGUAAAUUGGCAAUGUUGAACGCUUACAUACAUGUAACUGCCAUCCAUGAAUUUUUUUGUUUUUUUUCUGAAAUUAUUUUAUAUUUUUUUAAUAUUUUUUGUAUUCUUUUUAACUUUAACAAAAAAUGUUUUGUACAAGCAGUAGCAGCUGAUCUUUAGACCUACAAAAGUAUUGUUUAAACACUUGACAAAAAUGUUUUGUUGGUUUUGUUGGUGAUGGUAUUCUGAUCAAUUACACCUGUUUAAAAAAUGUUUCGGUGUCCUGGAUGUAUGAAAUUGAAGCCUGAUGAAAUAUUUGGUGUGGAUUUAAUAUCAAAAGCCAUUUCAUUUUGUAGGUAUAAUUUUUUUAAUUGUUAAAUUUAUUCUGUUAAGCCUGCUAAUGAUAAAUACAUGUAUAUUUAGGACGAUUGAUAAACAAGUCAUUUGUGAUCAGAUUUUGAAAGCUAAAUCCAGCUUAUUAAAACAAGAAUUAAUAUGGUAACUUCAAUUGCUCCUUCCUAUAUCGGGGCUGGUUCUGGCACUCGCCAAAUUCGCCAAUUGCUAAUUUCAAAAACAAUUGGUGAAUUUUAUAUUUAUUUGGUGAAAUAAUUUCGUGCAAUAAAUGAUGUUUUGUUGGAAAAUAAAUGGGUUUUUGAAGUAUGAUUGAUAAUUUGACGAAAUUUUCUGCUGACCAAGAGCUAGCCGUGUAUAUAUGCAUAGUUUUCUUAUUUUAAGGAGCUAGCGUGUAUAUAUGCAUAGUUUUCGGAUUUUAAGGAGCUGGAUUUAUUUCUGGUAGCACUUGAUUGAGGUGCGAUAGGUUACAGAAUAGAUAGAUUGCCCUCUU